CUUGAAAUUACCAGAAUUGUAAAUACAAGAUUUUGUAGACUCAUCUGACGUGGUGCACUGUCUCCCCCCGCUCUUUCGUCACUGUUAUCCUAUCCGAAAUCCAAAAUCCAGGUUGCAGUCUGACUAGAAAUGGCAGUUUUUCUUCGUUAUCAGCAUCUUCCAUCUUCAUCUCUGGCAGCAACGGCCUCACUUCAACUCUCUCCUCCACCCUUUCCAACUAAAAGAUUAGCUAAUUUCGGCAACUGGGUUACUCAUUUCCGCUCCAAAGCUGUCAACUUAGCCCUCUCCAGCGCGCUCACCCUCGGCCUAUCUCUCACCUUUACAGGAGUUGAAUGUGCUGAGGCAAAGGUUGGGGUUAACAAGCCAGACUUGCUCCCGAAAGAAUUUAGUCCAGUUAUUGAUGUUGCGGGCUUCCUCUCUGAUGGCCAGGAGAAGAGGCUGGCACAGGAGAUCACUAAUAUUGAAAAGGAUACAGGAUUCAAGUUGAGAGUUCUAGCUCAGAACUAUCCUGACACCCCUGGGUUGGCCAUUAAAGAAUUUUGGCAAGUAGAUGAUAGAACUAUUGUCUUUGUUGCUGAUCCCACCUUUGGUAAUAUACUCAAUUUCAAUGUGGGGGCUUCAGUUGAUUUAGACAUUCCACGUAGUUUCUGGAGCCGUUUGGCUGGGAAGUAUGGAAAUAUAUUUUACUGGAAAGAGAAGGGGGAAGAUGCUUCCAUUGAAGCUGCUGUCAUGGCAAUAUCAAAUUGCUUGAGAGAACCUGUGGGCCCAAAUAAUUGCUCAGAGGUAAAAUAGUACCACCAAGGAUACUGGAAAUGAAUUCUCUUUUACAAAAUUUCAGGUUUCAUUCUUGUAAAACGAUUUUUGUAAUAAAUAUGUAGCCCUUACAAGGGACGCAUAUUAUGUAUUAUAAAGUUCAAAUGGAUGAAGGAACAAUGUCAUGCUUCCUCUA